UUUCGUUCUGUCAUUGCUGUUGAAGGUAAAAUAACCCAACUCUUUAGAUUGAUUUACACAUUCGUAGACAUGUCCUCACGUUAAUACCAAAUGCCGUAUGCUUAACAGCUUUAUAACAUUCAUGCCUUUAAGUGGGACCUUUUAUCCUCUAUGGAUACUGCGAGAACGGUACGUUGAAGAUGUACCUGGUUCAGCACAAGUCCAACGUUACCAUGGAGAUCCAGGAGACGCUCUUCCGCAUAGGACUUGACAUCGCCAAGGGCAUGGAGUACUUAGCUGGGAAAGGGAUAACUCACCGACGGCUGGCGGCACGUAACAUCUUGUCGACAUUCUUGAACGAGGUUAAGAUAUACGGAUUCGGACCUCAACCAGAAGAAGAGGGUGACGCGGAUGCAGGGAGCGGCAUGAAGGAGAGAAUUCCAAUUAAGUGGAUGGCGCCGGAGUGUAUGUCGUCAACGAAAAAUGCAGACAAGGAAAGUGACGUGUGGUCGUUUGGCGUGGCCUCUGGGAAAUGUUUUUCUCUUGGCGAGACCCCGUACGAGAACGUGAGAAGCCGAGACCUGCCAGACAGACUGAAGAAAAAUGUUCGUUUGCAGAAACCGGAACAGUGUGAUGACGUAUGGUACGGCGUGAUGACCAAAUGCUGGGAUUAUCAGCCAAAGAAGCACCCGACGUUUGCUGCAAUCAGAAACGAGCUGGACACAAUGUUUGUUGCCUCCCCUGGCGAUGACUACUACUAUUAUACACGCUAGAAGAGUUAUUAUUACUUCUACAGACUCAAACAGUAAUGUUAUCACGCAUGUUAUCA